AUGAAAUUUUUGAAUAUUUUACCAAUAUUCUUUUUAUCAUCAUUAAUUUUUGCAGAUACUAAAGAAUGGUGGUUUGAAACAGGAUGGGUUGAAAAAAAUCCUGAUGGUUCAUUGAUAAAUCCUGAUGGUGUUUUUCCAAGAAAAAUGAUUGGUUUCAAUGGAACUUGGCCAUUACCAACUUUAAGAGCAAAUAAAGGUGAUAGAAUUAUAUUACAUUUAAUUAAUGGAUUUGAUACUGUUAAUACAACCUUACAUUUUCAUGGUAUGUUUCAGCCUGGAUCCUCACAAAUGGAUGGUCCUCCAAUGGUUUCUCAAUGUCCUAUUCCAACUGGAGAAAUGUUUACUUAUAACUUUACUCUUGGUGAUCAAGUUGGUUCUUAUUGGUAUCAUUCACAUACUUCAGGUCAAUAUGGUGAUGGUAUGAGAGGUGUAUUUAUUAUCGAAGAUGGUGAUUUUCCAUAUCAAUAUGAUGAAGAAGUUGUUUUAACUUUAAAUGAACAUUAUCAUAAAUAUUCAGAAGAAUUGAUGCCUGAUUUUUUGAGUAGAUUUAAUCCAACUGGUGCUGAACCAAUUAUUGAUAAUAUUUUAUUUAAUGAAACAAGAAAUGCUACUUGGAACGUGGAACCAAAUAAAACCUAUUUAUUAAGAAUUAUAAAUACUGGUAGAUUUGUUUCACAAUAUCUUUGGAUUGAAGAUCAUGAUAUGACAGUAGUUGAAGUGGAUGGUAUUUAUGUUGAAAAAAAUACAACAAGUAUGCUUUAUAUUACUAUUGCUCAAAGAUAUUCUGUUUUAAUUACAACAAAAAAUUCAACCGAUAAAAAUUAUGCUAUUAUGAAUAAAGUAGAUGAUACAAUGUUGGAUGUAAUUCCAAAUGAUUUACAAUUAAACGGUACUAAUUAUAUGAUUUAUGAUGAGGACGCUGAAAAACCUGGUCAAAAUUAUGUUGAUUCAAUUGAUGAUUUUUUAGAUGAUUUUUAUUUAGUUCCGUAUGAUAAAGAACCAUUAUUAGAUGAUGCUGAUUAUACGGUGACGUUAGAUGUUCAAAUGGACAAUUUAGGUAAUGGUGUCAACUAUGCUUUUUUCAAUAAUCUUUCAUAUACUGCACCAAAAGUUCCAACUAUUUUAUCAGUAUUAUCAGCUGGUGAGCAUGCAACUAAUGAAUUGGUGUAUGGUUUGAACACCAAUACAUUUGUAUUAGAAGAAGAUGAAAUUGUUGAUAUUGUUUUAAACAAUUUAGAUACAGGUACUCAUCCUUUCCAUUUACAUGGUCAUGCAUUCCAAGUUAUUGAAAGAGGUCCAGCAAGAGAAGAUACUGAAACUCCAUUAGCAUUUAAUGCAAGUGAUCAUGCAGAAUGGCCAGCUAUACCAAUGAAAAGAGAUACUGUAUAUGUUCGUCCACAAUCAUAUUUUGUUUUAAGAUUUAAAGCAAGUAAUCCAGGUGUUUGGUUCUUUCAUUGUCAUAUUGAAUGGCAUCUAGAUCAAGGUUUAGCUGUUGUAUUUGUUGAAAAUCCAAAUGCAAUUAUAAAUAAUUCAACUCAACAGAUUACUGAUAAUCAUAAACAAAUUUGUGAAAAAGUAGGAGUUCCAUGGCAAGGUAAUGCAGCUGCAAAUACAGAUAACUACUUAGAUUUGCAAGGUGAAAAUGUUCAAGUUAAAAGAUUACCUACUGGAUUUACAGCAAAAGGUAUUGUUGCUUUGGUAUUUUCAUGUGUUGCAGCAAUUUUAGGUUUAGCAGCUAUUGCUUAUUAUGGUAUGCAAGAUAUUAGUGAUGUUGAGGAAAGAGUUGCUAGAGACUUAGAUGUUGAUUUAGUUGAUGAUAACGGUGUACCAUUAGAAGUUGAAGAUGAAGUUGAUAGAAUUGAAGAAAGUUCAUCCACUGAUAACUCAACUCGUAAACAUUAA